AUGUCAAUGAAUUCACUGCCACCAGAGCUCUUCGCCAACAUAGUCUCUCUAGUCGUCGCCAAGCAGAAACAACUGACUAAAUAUGCCACACUAUCCCGAGCAUGGCAGAGGGCCAUAGAAGAACGUACAUUUUCGCAUUUGUCUGUCUUCAGUGAUGAAUUAGACGAAUUCGAGUCGUUUGUUCUCGAAUCACCAUAUACACAUCGUCGUACAGCUGUCAGACGAGUAGAGUUCAGCAUCAAUCUUCCAGACUAUGAUGACAACGCCUGCGGACGCUUUGAGAGACAAGCAGAUAGACAUGUCAACGACACGGCCUUCACCAAAGCAAUGGCUGGCCUUUUCACUGCGCUGGCAACCAUCAACUCUGGUAACGGCUCUAGAUCAAUUGAUUUGCAUCUACUACACUUCUAUUCUUCCAUGGAUAUCAAUCGCAGAGACGAAGAGAAAUUAAGAGCAGACAAAUUGGCUAGAGCUACGGGAAACCGACAUGAUCUCUUCGACCUCCGCUACCGAGACUCGUAUCUCCAGCUGCUUGAUCUGGAGAGUCUACCUCUACUGCACAACGUGACCUCAUUGACCGUUCAUGGUGACACUGCGCGCAAGCUAGCGCCAGCGGUCGCCGGUGGACUCAUGUCGAGGCUACCCAAUGUCGCAGCGAUUGAUUGCUCGUUCUGGGACGGGGAGCGACGACGACCGGAUCAGCGAAGGCAGCUGCGUUCAGAAUUAGCCAAGCAGCUGAUCUCCCUCGCCGCACCUAAGAGUCUCCAAAAGUUAACUUUGAACUUGAACAAUAGAGAGCCGGGCAAUAGUAAUUUUGUCGAUGCGGAUGUUCGCGGUAGUCUCUAUACAUCCCAUGCUGACGAUCUGUCCACUGAAUUGAGGUUGUUUUUGCAAGCAGCGCCGUGCUUGACUGAGUUCAACCUGACGGGGCCAAUAUCUAUUAGUGCAGAUCUCUUUAGAUCACUCGAGGACGCAGAAUCGGGUAACAAGCAGCGAUGGCAGAAGCUGGAAGAGUGCAUUAUAGAGCUCAGCGCAGUCAGGCCCGACGGUGGCUGGUACACCGAGAUAGAUCACGAACGCGAUCCUGAGACCUCAGGUGACGAAGAUGAAGAAGAAGAAGAAGACGAAGACAUGGACAGUUCUUCCGACAUCGUCCAAGAUGACGCCCGUAGUGAAGGCUCCUCAUCGGGCUAUGACUCCAGCGACUCCUUCUUUGCCAUGGACCAACUCCCACCGGACUCUUACGGCUACGGCGAAGAGAAACGCGAUGCCCGUUUCAACGGCGACGAACCAUCUACCUCCAGCUUCCGCACAAGACCCACCCAAGAACUAGAAGUCCUCUUUCUCGCGGCUGCGUGCGCAGUACCGCUGAUGCCUAGACUGAAAUACAUGAACGUUGGCCACAAGAUUCGUCCUAGCGAGAGAACGGGAGGACAAUUUCAAGAAUUGGGUUUCGAGUAUCUAGCUAAGGGUGUCGAGUACCCGGGUGAUGGGGCUGAUGCGAUGCAGUUUAGCCGCCUCUACUGGAGCGUCUGUCGCGGUUGGCGUAUGAGCCAGGAAUUGGAAUCACAGUGGAGGCUGCUUUUGGGUGAUGAUGCCAUUGUGGAAUAUAACGAGUGGUAA